UCGCUCAUAUGGUUGCACCAUUCCCCAUUCGCAGUAAAUAUUUACUCGCGGACAGGUUUUCCAAAGUUUACUAUCGCAACGAUUAGCAAAGAGAGGGCUCGCUCUCCUUAUCUCUUAUCGCAUCCGUCGAAUAUGUCGACAAGAUUCCACAAUAAGUAAUUUUAGUGUCGUAUAAACUCGCGAGAAAGCUUAUUGGCAUUUGUUUAUUGACGGUGAACGUGAACUCUGGACACCCAGUUAGAAAUGGAUUCGCCCACUUCCGAGACGUCCUCCUCGCCCCAACCAGCGCCCACUGGACCCUUCGUUGGGGCCAUCGACGAGGGAACCACCUCCGCCCGGUUCAUCAUAUUCCGCGCGGGCACCGACGAGAUCGUCUGCUUCCACCAGAUCGAGGUGGAGUCGAUCUUCCAAAAGGAGGGAUGGUGCGAGCAGGAUCCCAUGGCCAUCGUGAACACGGUCAACGAGUGCAUCGCGGGAGCUUGCAAGAAGCUGGUGGCGUUGGGCGCCAAGGUUGAGGAAAUCAUCACCAUUGGAAUAACCAACCAGCGCGAGUCAACCGUCGUCUGGGAUCGCCACACCGGCCAGCCGCUGGUCAACGCCAUCAUCUGGCUGGACAACCGCACCACCAGCACGGUGGAGGAGCUACUGGAGACCAUACCGAACAACGCCAGGAACAUCAACUACCUGCGACCCCUGUGCGGUCUGCCGCUCUCCCCUUACUUUUCGGGCGUUAAGCUCCGCUGGCUGCGGGACAACGUCCCAGUGGUCUCCCAGGCCAUGAAGGAGGGCACCGCCAUGUUCGGCACCAUCGACACCUGGCUGAUGUACAACCUGACGGGCGGAAAGGACGGCGGAGUUCACAAGACGGACGUGACCAACGCCUCGCGCACGAUGCUCAUGAACAUAGAGACCCUUCAGUGGGACAACAAUCUCCUGAAGUUCUUUGGCCUCCCGAAGACCAUACUGCCGGAGAUCUGCUCGAGCGCCGAGCACUACGGCAACAUUGCCCAGGGCGUGCUCAAGGGGAUCAGCAUUAGCUCCGAUUUGGGUGACCAGCAGGCCGCUCUGGUGGGCCAGCAGUGCUUGUCCAAGGGCCAGGCCAAGGCCACUUUCGGCACCGGCUGCUUCCUGCUCUACAACACGGGCUCCUCGAUCGUCCAUUCCGGUCAUGGACUGCUCACCACCGUUGGCUACCAACUGGGCAGGAAGGCAACUCCCAGCUAUGCCCUCGAGGGCAGCGUGUCCAUUGCCGGAGCGGCCUUCAACUGGCUGAAGGACAACAUGAACCUCAUUCAGAACUCGGGGCAGAUCGAAACCAUGGCCAGCCAGGUGGACAACUCGCUGGACGUCUACUUUGUGCCCGCCUUCAAUGGACUGUACGCUCCCUACUGGAACCAGGACGCCCGGGGCGUUAUAUGCGGUCUGAGCGAGGAGACGACCAGCGAGCACAUUGUUCGGGCAACUCUGGAGGCGGUGUGCUUCCAGGUCCGCGACAUCCUCGAUUCGAUGCACAAGGACUGCAAGAUUCCGCUGGCCAAGUUGAUGGUGGACGGGGGCAUGACCGUGAACAACCUGUUCCUGCAGCUGCAGUCUGAUUUGGUGGGGAUUCAUGUGCUUCGCGCCAAGAUUGCAGAGACAACAGCGCUGGGCGCUGCAAUGGCGGCCUACAAAGCCGUUGAGGGUCGCUAUCAAAUGGAGGCUCCACUCUCCAAGUCCGGACCCCGGGAGCCCAUAAAGCCCUCGAUCAGUGCCACCGAUCGCAACCUGCGCUACCAGAAGUGGAAAAUGGCCAUCGAGCGCUCGCUGAACUGGGAGACUUCUACUUUCCCGCAGGGCGAGCGCGAGGCUUUCGACGGAGCGUAGACGAUUGGUUCUAUUGUUUUGUUCAUGUUCGUUCUCGGAUUUAAUUGGUUUUGUGUUUCGAAAUUUCGAUUUAUUGCAUAUAUAAAAAUGUUGAUGAAAAACGUA